AUGGAAAGGACUGAUAGGAUAGAUGGUACACCUAGGACGAAUAGGACUGAUAGAAUAGAUGAUACACCCAGGACGAAUAGGACUGAUAGGAUAGAUGGUCCACCUAGGACGGAUAGGACUGAUAGGAUAGAUGGUACACCCAGGACGAAUAGGACUGAUAGGAUAGAUGGUUUACCAAGGACGGAUAGGACUGAUAGAAUAGAUGGUACACCUAGGACGGAUAGGACUGAUAGGAUAGAUGGUACACCCAGGACGGAUAGGACUGAUAGGAUAGAUGGUACACCCAGGACGAAUAGGACUGAUAGGAUAGAUGGUACACCCAGGACGGAUAGGACUGACAGGAUAGAUGGUACACCCAGGACGAAUAGGACUGAUAUAAUAGAUGGUACACCCAGGACAAAUAGGACUGAUAGGAUAGAUGGUACACCCAGGACGAAUAGGACUGAUAGAAUAGAUGAUUUACCUAGGAUGGAUAGAACUGAUAGAAUAGAUGAUACACCCAGGACGAAUAGGACUGAUAGGAUAGAUGAUUUACCUAGGACGGAUAGGACUGAUAGAAUAGAUGGUACGCACAGGAGGAAAAGGACUGAUAGGAUAGAUGGUACACCUAGGACGGAUAGGAAUGAUAGGAUAUCCGGCACACACAGGACGAAUAGGACUGGAGGGAUAUAUGGUACACCCAGGACGAAUAGGACUGGAGGGAUAUAUGGUACACCCAGGACGAAUAGGACUGGAGGGAUAUAUGGUACACCCAGGACAAAAAGGACAGAAAAGGCAGAUGGAACACCUAGGACGAAUAGGACUGAUAGGAUAGAUGGUACACCUAGGACGAAUAGGACUGGUAGGAUAGAUGGUACACCCAGGGCGAAUAGGACGGAUAGGAUAGAUGGUACACCCAGGGCGAAUAGGAAUAAUAGGAUAGAUGGCACACCCCGGACGAAUAGGACUGAUAGGAUAGAUGUUACACCCAGGACGAAUAGGACUGGGAGGAUAGAUGGUACACCCAGGGCGAAUAGGACGGAUAGGAUAGAUGGUACACCCAGGGCGAAUAGGACUGGUAGGAUAGAUGGUACACCCAGGGCGAAUAGGACUGAUAGGAUAGAUGGUAUACCCAGGGCGAAUAGGACUGAUAGGAUAGAUGGUACACCUAGGACGGAUAGAACUGGUAUGAUAUAUGGUACACCCAGGACGAAUAGGACUGGUAGGAUAGAUGGUACACCCAGGACGAAUAGAACUGGAGGGAUAGACGACACACACAGGACGGAAAGAGAACAGGAAAAAACUUGGGGGGACCAUGAUAGCAGGAAGAAGCCUAGAGAACCAGGAGAACAGGAAGAUACCGAGAGAGCCAGGAGAAAAGCAGACAACUUGGGGAACCAGGAGAACAGGAAGAAACCUAAGAAACCAAGAGAGAAGAAGAUAACCAGGAGAAUCAAGAGAGCUGGAGGCAACAAGGAAAACCAGAAGAACUACUGGCAACCUAGAAACAACGAUAUUUUGAGGCAACGCCAAAGAACCUGGAAUAUCGGAGGCAAACAAAAGCAUAACGGAAAACCCGGAGAAGAUACUUCUCAACCUGGAUAUACUGGUCGGAACCUGAUUACAGGAUACUUCUCAACCUGGAUAUACUGGUCGGAACCUGAUUACAGGAUACUUCUCAACCUGGAUAUGCUGGUCGGAACCUGA